GUUCCGCACUGGAAUUCCUGUGCGGAAGUUUCUUCCGCACUGGGCCCCGAGUGCCGACGCCAUUUUCUCCACGAAUUCCGCACUGGGCGCCCAGUGCGGAACCCGUGACUUCGGUAUACUUGCGUAUCUGGAGUCAGUUUUUACCCUUUUCCGAAGCCAAAGACCCGCAUGGAUGCAUGCAUGAGAUGGAUUAAGGCCUGUGGUCGUCCACAUUCGCAACUCAACGUAACGAAGAUCACGAAGGACACAAACGUAUGAUCAAAGCACUUCAAAGAUGGCAGACCAACGACACGGUUUCCAGACCCGCAGCCAGCGGAUGGCACCGACGCCGCGCCAGUCAGGACGCCAAUGAAACGUCAUGUACAGCAGAAUGAGUGCAACAAAAAGCCCAGACUGACCCCACCCAUACAGGAAAGUCAGCUGCAGGGAACACCCACAGAAGGAUCUUCUUCUCCAAGUCUACGUUCCAUCCAGAGACUGAAAAAGGAAAAUAAGGACCUGAAGAGGGAAAAUGAUGACCUGAAAAGGGAGAAGGAAGACCUGAACAGUACAUGUGAAGACCUGAGAAGGAAAAAUGAAGACCUGAAAAGAGAAUGUGCAGACUUGAGCAGGGAGAAUGAAGAACUGAAAAAGCAUGCGUUUAGUUUUAAUGUUGUUGCUGGCUCUCGUACAAAGAACUUACUUCAGUAUUAUACUGGUUUUACCUAUGUUACUUUUAUGUCCCUCUUCAGUUUCCUUGUUCCAAAUGAAGGUAUUAACCCUGUUGCGUACACUUCUAGGAAGACAGCAUGUAUGACAUUGUCGUUGAAAGACCAGUUGUUUUUGGCGACGCCUGAGGGGCGAGCCUAAUGUUAUAGAGUGCGACCGUUUGACAAAAAUUCCCAGAAUUUCGUAGGCAUGUCUGGAAUUUUUACACGCAUGCGUAGUGGUAUCAUCUGAGUAUUCCCUGGGGAAUUUGUUUCGAAGACGUAUUUUUAUGUGAUUUGGAACGAAAAGGCCUUUGCUGAUACGUAUUUAAAAGAUACACGUUUCUUUUCAUUACCUUUGCUUUGUUGAGCACCGGAAACACAGCCACUUUUUUGUUUAUGGCAAAUAUGAAUAAUGCGUUGACCUUACCAUUCUAAUGCUUUCUUUCUGUUUUAGAUAGUAUUACGUUUUUGUUUCAUUUAUUUUCUUUUAUCACAAAGACUGUUGCCACUGAAAACUGACACAAAGCAAACUGCAAUUUACUUUUAUAGUUGUCUUAUCAUUAUUACCUGGUAAAACAAAGAUGAGCCUCUCUGCACUUUACCCAACGGAGUGUCUGCUUCAGGGCUGUCCUCUGUAAGGAGGUAACUUAGUGCAGUGCCUGGCACUUUGAGGCGACGAAUCUCUGGUUUUGUCGGCUGUACAAUACUGUGAAAAAAUGUACUAUUUUUUCUUCGAUUCACCCUGUACUAAUAGCAGUUGGGAAUGCUGCUCUUUGCAUCAAUUUAAUUCACUUGUGUGUGAUACUUGCUGUUGUACAGUUGCGGUAAAACAUAACCUGUGUUAGUAAGUGAACCUGAGACACUAAGAUAUCAGCAAAUACACUUUUGUAUGUCUCCACCAACAACUUUAUACGAUAAACUUUAUUAGGAAUGCUUUUCAAAUGUAUUUGUAUUGAUUUUCAACAGUUCAACAUAUCUUUGUGUAGGUGGCUGCACUUGAAAAAAAAUGGCAACAUUUUCUCAUUUCCAAUAAACUUUAUUAAUAAUGAUUUCGAA